CACUAGAAAAACAUGGAUGUUAGGUUAUGUAAUGCUAUUACAUGCUUUUCAGGUGAAAAUACAGAAGAGCUCAAAGACUUCCUUAGAGAAGGGCCAGAUUAUGCUUUAUUGCCAGAGGAAGCAUGGAAUUAUUUAAUAAAUUGGUAUGGUCUCUCAUUACAUUCAAAACCUAUCAUGAGACCUGUAGUAGAAGCUGGUACAUCUCCAUUUAGAUUUUUGAUGGUUGAAGUCUACAGAUCAAGAUAAAGUUAUGUUUGUGAGUAUUAUCAUUGACAUCGCAUUAGGUCUGGACUGUAUAGACUAUCUAAAGUGUUUAAAAUAUCAAUUUUGAGCUAUACUAAAGUUUUAUAUUUGGUAAAGUUUAUAUGACAAACCAUUCUCCAUUAGCUCUCGUGACUUUUUACAAAUUGAUUCCUCUAUUUACUAAUGUCAUUCUGUGUUCCUCAGUUGAAAAAAGAGAUUGCAAAUUUAGUCAUAGCUACUAUCUAGUAUA